AAAAAUGGAACGACGUUCAGACGAGUUUGAAGAGAGAGCCUCGAUGAAGAAUGAUAACCAGUUAGGCAAACUUCUGUCAGGAAGCGGAAUGGAUGAUAUCUCUGAUGCAAACCUAUUUGUGGGUGACCAAGAAUAUUAUGACUCGAGGACAUUGAAGAAAUAUCUUGAGACCAACAAUAACUUAGUAGAUUAUUUCCUCUCGUACUCAAUGGAUAACUUAGAAGGAUUUCUAAAAGCAUAUGAAGAUAAAGGAAACAACUUUUUAGAUAAGAUAUUGACGGAGAAUAAGAGAUCCUCAUUGACGCCCACUUUGAAUGAGACUACUCAGAAAUAUGAAUAUGUUGGAUCAAAGAAUUUUGUGUUCGAUAAUCUGAAGUUUAAAGUCUUAGAUAGGGUCCCAGCUUUAGAUCGAAAUCAUUCACCUAUUUCUCAAGUUCUUGACAUAAUUCCAUCCCAAUUAUUUAAGAAGAAGUAUUUUAAAAUCCAAGACUUGGAUGAUCCUCAAGUAGUACAGAAUAAAGUGAGCUACACGUCCAUGUUCUUGCCCGCUACAGAUUCUUACAUAUAUCUGACCGGCAUCUUGUUUUAUGAAGAAGUAAGCGAUUUUAUCAACACUGAUGAUGAUCCUGAUGAGGACGAAGACGUGGACGAUUAUGAACCUCCAAGGAGUAUUGGUAUCCCAAAGAUAGUCUGUUUAAUAAGCAGGAUACCUAUUUAUAAGCAUUUAGCAAACUUUUUGAGGAAUAUUUUGGAACGAUCGAAGAGAUUAGACAGAGUUCCACUUGAAAAUAUGAUUAAAAAUCUCGUGUUUGAGUCAAGAAAUAUUUUCCCAUUUAACAAACUGAGUUGUCCAUUUUGGAAAAUGGAGGAAGUUGAUUUUUAUGAUUUAAAGAGUGACUUCUUCUUCAAUGUUUUUAUUACGACCAAAAUAUACAAGCAUGUCCCAAAAUUAUUGGAAAAAAUGAUAUUCGGAGUCCCUUUGAUAGUUGUUGCAGAUGAAGGAUAUCUGAGAGUGGCAGUAAUUGAAGUCCUAAAGACUCUAAUGUUUCCUUUUGAGUACCAAGGAUUAGUAUUACCUUCUGAAACAAAGCCACAUCCAAAACUACUGACGUCUUCUGAGCCAUUUAUCAUUGGGAUGGAUCGUGCUAUCUAUCGACAAGUUGUGGAGGGGCUUGGACAGCAACCCUACGAAAUUUUUGAUUGAGAGAAUGAAGAGUUUAUGGUUCAGAGAAGGGCAUCAAGAAUAGUAGAAAAUACUCCAAGUCAGCCUCUAGCUCCAAGAAAAUCUGUGGAUUUCCCAGAAGAGUUGGUAAAAAUUCUACAGAAAAAUUUGGAUAAAAAGUUGAAGGUAUUUAAAGAAGCAUUCCAAAAUUACAAAGUUGCAUUAACUGCUAGUGCUAGUAAAAGUUCAAGAUUAAGAUCCUCCGUUGCAAAGAAGGAAAUUGAGGAUACAUCUUCAGAAUUCAACCAAUUGAAGAAAGAGUUAUAUAAGUUUGUGUGAACUCACUAUAUUGAUUUCUUCAUCUUCAGAAUUUUGGAUAUCAAAAACAUACAAAAUGUAGAAGAUUACGCAAAUGAGUUAAAAAUGGUUAGAAACCCAAAGAGAGGUAGCAAGAUGAGGAAAUAUAAAGAUUUUAUUGCGCCACUAUUCAAGACAGAAACCUACCAUGGACUGAUUGAGUAUAUAAGCCCUAAUCCAAAAUAAAACACUCAAUCAUGAUCAUGUUCUAAUGAAAGAGUACUUGAUGCUGUUACAUAGUUCUAAGAAGGCUAAGUUCUUAUGGGAUUUUGAUGCUAAGGAUGAAUCAUUCCCAAAUCCAAAGCCAAUGAAAUAUGAGGACUUAAAAUCAAGCUAUGAAGAAGAUGAGAUUAUGGACCCAUUGAUUUUUGGAAGUUACCAAGGAACAGAAUACUAUAAGUACAGGUUCUUCCCAAAACUUAUGGACAAAUAUCUUUUGAAAGACGAAGCACUCACUGAUCUUGAAUGGCCAGAGAAUUCUAAGGAAGCAGUAAGAAAGAAGAAGAAAAAGUCCCUUUCUUGCAAAGUUCCUUACACGAAGGACAACAUUACAGUGGUGAUUUGGACAGCAUGCUGCAUUUCCUCAUAUUGGUAUCACCAGAACAACGAGAAGAUAGUGCAAACGACUGCUUUGGUGAACUAUCUUUUGAAAUCUAUCCCAAGACUUCAUCGAGAUCAAAGGAAGCAUAUUUUGAAAUAUGCCAUUGAAGUUAUCAGAAUGUUUGGAGAUUACAAAACUAUUUCAGAGAAUUUGAAAUACUUUAUUAAAAAUAUAAGUUCAUACCACAAGUUCAAAGUCGAUUGGCAAUCUCAGAAUGUCCUUGCAAUGUCUUAUAAGUACCUAGACUUAGGAAAUAGUUAUGAUUUUGUAUCAUGAGCUUACGAUGAAGAUGAAGAGAAUAAAGAAAAUGAUUCUCAUAUCUCUGGACACAAACAUGAACAAGAGAAAAAGAUGAGCAACAUUAAGAUAUAUGGAUCAAUAGUUGCAUUUGCUAGUGAGCUGAACCUUCAUGCAUUCUCUCGAAAGAACAAAGCCUUAAAGGCUAGAUAUCUGCAUUUGAAAGGUCAAGUUUUAGCGGUACAUGAGAAUCCAAUGUACGAAGGAAUUAUGAAUAAUCCACUAGUUAAGCAUAAUAGUGCUUGGGGUGAAAAGCCAGACAAUCCAGUUGAUGUCUUUAUCCAAAGGAACAAGUGAAUUAGAUUCAUCAAAAUGAAUGGGGUGCACAUAAAGAGUACCUCAGAUGAUGAGAACCAAAAUACUCAAUUUAUACUCAAUGAUAAGCAAGUAGAAUUGAAGAAAAGGACCUUUGAAGUGGAAAAAACUGAAGAUGAAUUCAAUUAUUUCAUUUUACCGACUAGCAAAUGUGAUACUUGUAAAGGAUCUCUGAAAGAUAAGCAAAUUAAGGAGUAUAUUAUUCUAAAAGAUACUGAACUUCAUAAUAACUCUGCAGUAGGCUAUCAGCAUUGCCCCUUUUGUAAAAGAAAUACAUUCCAAAUUACCUUAGAGGUAUGGAGACAGAGCCAGACGAAUAUGAAGAAGGAGAAGGAGCAACUCCACUCGGUUGCUUAUGUAGGCCCUUUUACUUUGCUUGCAAAAAUUCAGGAUUUUAUCAAUCAAGACAGUGUUUCUCUAAAAGAGACUGGACUUUCAGACACUAAGAGAAAAUUUGCAAACCUCACCAAUCAGUACCAAGAUAAUGAGUUACUCAAGGAUAUCAUUAUGCUUGAUAUCAUUAAGAUGAGGAAGGAAAACCUCAAGUUAUUCUGGAACCUUGUCUACAGAUUCAUGAUUGAAAGGAAGGAUCAUAACUUCAUUCUCCCAUACGAAAUUGAUGUCUUCCCUGAGAAAUAUAGUGAGCCUGAGAUAGAGCAAUCUGAAACAACAGAAGAGACUAAGACAGAAGUUGAUGACCUCACUAAGACACAAGCUAUGGGAAAAGCUUUCCCUGACCUUGAAACCAAAACAGGGAAUACAGACCAAGAGGAAGAGCCUAAACAAGACAUUGAGGAUAACAAAGAGGAGGAAACAAAACUAAAAAUACAGGAAGAGCAGAAAGAAGCUGUAAAAGUUGAAGAAGAAAAUAAGAAUGAAGUCAAACCUGAUGUUGAAGAAGACGGAAAGAAGGAUACUGUGCAAGGUUCAGAAGACCCUCAAGAGGAAUCUAAAGAAGAGUCUAAAGAGCAGACUCAAGAAAAGCCUACCCCAGAUAAGUCAGGUCAAGAAGAAUCAGAACAAGUUGAAAAAGCAGAAGGAUCUGAAACGCCUAUUUCUCAAAACAAUGAAAGCCCAGAAAAACGUUUAAACGAGUCAGCUAAAGAUGAUCAGAAGAAGAGUGAAGAAGGAGAGAAGCAACAAGAUCAAAAGGAAUUAGGGGAAGUAGGUAAACAGGAUGAAGAGAGUAAGAAGAAGACUGAGAAUGAAGAACCAGUAAAGGGAGAAUCAGGGAAAAUACAGAAGGAUAAUGUUGAAGAUGUUGAGAAAAUAGAAGAAGGAGCUAUCAAAAAUAGAGAGAAUGAGAUAAAUAAAAGUGAUAAGAAAGUGGAGGAUAGGGAUAAUAAUGUAAAAAAAGAACAAAAUAACACCAAAGAAGACCCUGAGAAAGAGAAGGAAGAAUCUGAGAAACAGGAGGAAGUUCUUGAGGAAGAGAACCAGCAACCUGAAGAGCAGAAAGAAGACCCUGAGAAAGAGAAGGAAGAAUCUGAGAAACAGGAGGAAGUUCUUGAGGAAGAGAACCAGCAACCUGAAGAGCAGAAAGAUUCUGCUGAUAUUCAGGAACAGACUGCUUCAUUAGAUGAUAUUAAUAAAGAACAAGUUGCUAUAGAUUCUCCCUCUAACCUACCGCAAACUUCUGUAGUAGCACCUAAUAAUCCAUCUCAAACCGCUGUUUUAAAUCCACAAACCACCCCUCUAAUUUUGAACAAUCAAGUUGCUGGUGAAAUUUCUACUGAAGAAAAGAAAGAUAUAACUUCUCAAGAUCUUCGUCAAGAAGUAGAAGUUUCUGCUCAACACCCAGAAAAUGAAAAGGCUGAUAACAAUGCUCCUUCUACUCUGUCGCCUAAUAAAGACAAAGAGAUUAAGGAAGAUGAAGCAAACAAAUCGCAAACCCCUCAAGAUGCUUCUUUACUGGAAGAAUUACAUCAGGAAUCCCCUGGAGUAAAUAAAGAGGAAAUCAAAGAGACUGAGGAGGAGGAGAAGAAUGAGCCUGAAGAAGUACCUCAAGACGCAGAUAUCCAAAAAGCUGAAGAACAGAAACUGGAAGUUUCAAGCAUUGAAAAUCAACUUAAAGACCCUAGCGGUGAACAAGAAGAUUCUCCUCUUGAUGUUGAUAAUGCAAACAAAGAUAAAGAUGCUGAUCAAAACGAUUUAGAUGAAGAAACUAGAGCAAACCUAGAGUCUAAUAAUAAGAAUGGUUCUGAAGAAAUCAAUAAAACGAAUAAAGACACUCAGAAAACCAAAGAAACCCCACAAAAAGACCAAAAUUCCAAAUCCUCUAUUAAACACACAAACACCGAAGAUUCCAAAACAGACAAUCCCGGUAAUAAGGAAGAGAUAGUAAGCAAAGCUCAAGAGAUGAUCAAAAAGCAAAUACAAGAAAAGAUCAAACAAGAAAUAUUAAAAGAAGUUAAUGAAGGAGAAGGAGCUCAAGAAGCAGAUAAUGAAUUUAAUAAAGAGCUGAAAGAAGAAGUGAAAAGAGAGCUCCAAGAGCAGGCACAGCUGGAGCUUGAACAGGACAAAGAAGAGACCUCGACCCAAGAGAUCAUUUCAGUUAAGAAAGAUCCAGAGGCUGGAAUAGACGAAAGAUUGCAACAGAAAUCCAAAGAUGAAAUCAAGAAAGCUCUUAAAUACUGGAAUGCUUAUGAAGAACCAGCCAAACCUAAGGAGGAAGUAAAGAAUAUAGAUACUGAAGCAAACAAAGAGUUAAGCGAGAAAGAGAAGAUUAAACAACAACUUAAGUACUGGAAUGCUUAUGAACAUGCUCCUAAGAAAAAGGAUGUUAAAGACAAUGAGAAGAGACCUGAUCAAGAGCAGAGAAAGGAAUCAGUAGAAGAAGAGACAAAGAAAAAUCAGACUGAUGAAAGGAAAGAAAACAUUGCUCAACAAGAAGUAAAGACUUCAAAUAAAGAUCAGCUAGCAAAGAGUAAAGGUGAAGAAAUAAAGGACGAAGUAAACUUCUUUGAGCAGAGAGAGCGGAAUAUAUCUCAAAAAGAACAGGUUAAGGCUGCAUUGAAAUAUAUGAAUGCAUACCACAAUGAAAUGGAAGAAAAGAAUGCUGAUUACACUAUUUGUCAUCGUACUAGAAUGGCUAAAGAAAAUAAGAAAUCUAAUCAACCAGUAAAAUCUAAUGACCCUAAACCAGCCAGUACCCAGCAGAGUCACUUAGAUGCAAUUCAGGCUGCAGUAACAGCUCAUAACCUAGAAAUUGAAAAUAAGAAUAAAGAAAAGCAGAAGAAAACCAAAGAAGCUCCUAGAAAACCUAGUGCAAACCCAGAGGAGAAGCAAUUAAAAGUUGAUGCUCAAGCAUUUUUAGCAAAUCUGAGUAUUGAUUCUCAUAGCCAAGAUCAAUCAGUGGAAGUGCAUAGUUCAGCUCCUAAGAAAUCUACUGAGCUUCCUAAAGGAUCUGAGAAUGCUGCCUUUACAACACCUUCUUCUAAACCCAGUAAAGCUGAUAUUGAAGAAUCUAAACUCAUGAUAAACAAAGAACAGCCUUUAAAGACCCAGGCAAGACCAAAAACUGAUCAGAUCACUGAUGAUGAUGAAGAGAAGUUCUAUCAGGAUCAGACCUUUAUUUACUCAGAAUAUAGCCCUCAAGAACCUGCACCUAAGAAAGCAAAACCUCCAGUUCAUAAGAUCGGGAUGAUGAAAAUGAAGAUAAGAGAAGACCUCAGGGACACAAUGAAGAGGGGCUAUUACAUGUAAGCAUUAUAUACCCAAAGCUUGUAUGGAGAGAUAUCAGGAAAGAUUGCCAACUCAUAUCAGCAACUUUUCUAAUCUCCAUACAUCGCUAUUAACUGAGAAGUUCACCCUUUAUCAUAAUA